AUGUAUUUGCAUCUAUCGAAAAGUGAUGAUUCAUUUCUCGUACAACAGCAACACCAACCAAGAGCAGCUGUGGAUCAUCAUUCAAAUCUCAUUGAAAUACAACUCGAUAAUAUCCCUAUAAAUCAUCAUCACUCUUACCACUCGGCUGCUGAAUUGUAUGACAUGAAUAACAUUUCAUCGGGCGAUGAUGAUGUCGAUGAGGCAUUGAGGAAUUAUGAACAAGAUUUAGAGAGUGGCUCCAUUGAUCGUUCAAGCUCCUCUUCAAGUUCCACUCUCUCUGACAUGGCUUGUGUAUCCUCAAUGAUUCGGAAUUUAUCUAACACCACUGAGAAUGAGGAUCGAGAGAUUUCUUCUGCAGCAGACAUGAAGAUGCCUCUAAGCACCAUGAAAUCUACUUCCGAAAAUAAGAACACUUUUAGGGAAACAUUGCCAACAAACCCGUUACAAACAUCAGCAGCCACUCCGAGACGAGAGGCUCCUAUUGAGCAACUCAAAGUUAGUCAGGGAUCCUUACUGAGCUCGCCAAAACCUAAUCAAUUAUUGAAAUCAUCACCACGAAACGGUUCAGGCACUACUACAGCUUGCUCGACGCCAAGAACUCCGACACUUAGUUCUUCUCCACGAGCUACCAUAAGAAAUGCAAGUGUCUCGACCUCCUUUUUUGAAAUGUCACCUAGAUUAAGCUCCUCUUUAGUAGCUGGAUCAAAUUCUGAAGCGUGCACACCCUUUUUACCACAAUCACAACAGCAAACUCAAAUUAUUACACAAAACACAUACAAGGGAAAUUUAUUAUUUGAUGCUUCGUUUGAAUGUGGAAAUUUGGAGCGAGUAAUUCGAGUAGACGAAAAUGAGUACGAUUUAUACAUUCGUGGUGACACUAAUGCGCAAAACAAAAAGAUGUGGUUUUAUUUCAAAGUUUCAAAUGUGUCAAAAAAUCAAAAAGUUCUAUUUACCAUCACAAACCUAAGCAAAAACAAAUCUCUCUAUCGACAAGGAAUGACACCGCUCGUUUCAAGCACCAGCAGACCCAAGUGGCAACGAAUACCUGAGAAGCAAGUCUAUUAUUAUAGAAAACCUCCCAAGUACGAAAGAAUUGUAAAUACGGGCACCCACUUUUUAUCAUGGGUAUUUGUGUUUGACAAAGAUAAGGACGAGUAUUUCUUUGCUUACUCCUAUCCUUACUCGUAUACAGAUCUACAAAAAUUUCUCUUUUUUAUCGAAUAUCAAGGUUUUAACUAUUUUCAUAGAGAAGUGCUCUGCAGGUCGGUUCAAAAUAGGCGAUGUGACUUGCUUACCAUUUCCAGUCCAGACAAUUUGGUUUCUGAUCCCACAAAAAAGAAACGACUUGUCAUGGUGACAGCGCGAAUACAUCCUGGAGAGACUCCAGCAAGUUAUGUUUGUCAUGGUUUUAUCAGUUUCAUUGUUUCCAACCAUCCAAUAGCACAAAUGUUGCGAGAUCACUUGAUAUUCAAGAUUGUGCCCAUGUUGAAUCCUGAUGGUGUUGCCAUUGGAAACUAUAGGACGUGUAGUAUGGGUUGGGAUCUAAAUAGGCAUUGGCUCAAUCCUCAAGAGUGGUCACAACCAACCAUAUUUUACCUUCGAAAAUACUUGUUGAAAUUGAAAAAUGACCCUCAAUAUCAAAUUGAUUUUUUUAUGGAUCUACAUUCUCACUCUGGAGCUAAUAAUGGGUUUAUGUAUGUCAACUAUAACAAUGCGACUACAUCGAAAAACCUGAAUGCCUCGAGCACUUUUAGUGACAUGGAACAAUUAAGGUAUCCCAAGUUGUUAGACAUUCGAGCUAAAGAAUUUUCAAUGAGUGACACUAAACGAUGUAAGGACCCUUCGAAAUUAGGUACAUCAAGAAGAGUAUUGGGAGAAGUGUUACGCGUUGCCAAAUAUUGUUACACACUAGAAGUUUCAUUCUUUAGCUUCAAGACAUCUUCUGUAGAAACCAAACUUACUCCCUUCACCACCGAAAAUUAUCAAAGUCUGGGGAAGAAUAUGUGUUUAGCUUUGGCAGAUUUUUAUGGCCUCUCAAUGACGAGAAGUUCCUCACCAUUUCCUUCUGAUUGA